AUGAGACGACUGUUUAAAACCGGCGAUAUUACUCGAAAAUGUAUUCACUCUUCAUCAAUUUUAUCGAAUGUAAAUCAAAAUAAUUCUAUCGAAAUCAAAAAAUUCAACGGCCAAAAACCAACGCAUAUCAUUGUGGGCGCUGGUUCGGCUGGGUGUGUUCUGGCACAUCGGCUAUCGGAGAAUCCUGCGAAUAAAGUUGUGCUGCUGGAAGCCGGUCCGCAGGAUCACACAUGGAAUUGGAAGAUACAUAUGCCUGCGGCCUUGAUGUAUAAUUUAUGUAAUGAAAACUAUAAUUGGUUUGUGUAUUUUUAUUAUUGUUUUGUUAUUAUUAUUGUUAUUUUAUUAUUAUUAUUAUUAUCUGAUAGUAUAUUCGAUUCACCUGUAUUGUAA